AUGGCGUUCAACCGGAUGGCCUCGCCGAUGUUCCUCGUUUUCCUGGCGGCAAUCGGGAGCGGUGCGGGUGCCAAGGACGAGGCGCCGUCCGUCCUCAGGAGCAUGCUGCUCGCGUUCGUGAGGGAAGCCUCGGGCUGCGAUUCCCUUAAGACCGUGCUCGGCGAUAGCGACAAGGUUGCUCUGGUCGCAUAUCACAACGAUUACCGGUCGCAGGUAGCCGGCGGUGGAGUAAAGGUCGCCGGCGGUGACACUUUACCGAAGGCGAGCAAUAUGAAGAAACUGAAGUGGGACGACGCACUGGCAAAGACCGCUCAGGCCACCGCGGACAAGUGCGACGGCAAAACUCGGGAGACAGCAGCCACCGCGCUCGACACGGACGAGCUCCCCGAAAAGACCUCGGACUCGGAUGUCGGGAAAUUUGUCAAAAACAUUGUGACGAAUUGGUACACCGAGGGCAGCAAGACAUUCAAAGCGGCAGAUUUGGACAGCUACCCUGCAACUACUACGGACGGUCACUUAGAGGACUUCGCCCAGGAAAAGGAUGGUGGCGACUCGACUUCGACUUCCGGCGAGUCCAAAGCGGGAGGGGGAUCCUCCGCGGUGGCCAUCAUUGGCAUCCUUGCGGCGCUAGUUGCGGUCGGUGGAGUCGUCGUCGGGCUCGUGAUGAUGCACAGGACGAAAGCACGUGCUGCCGCCGCCGCACAUGCUGCCGCCGCCGCACCCGCUGCCGCUUCCGCACCCGCUUCCGCCAGCGAGCAAGGGGCGGCCGCUGGAUCCCACGAGGCCGCAGCCGGGGACGCCACCGACCACAAGGGCUCGCCCGGCGCCGAAGCGGAAAAGACCGCCGAGGCUCACGAAUCUCCGCCUGCAGCCACGAUGCGCUCGCCCACAAAUGAAGGCGACCUUCUUCGCGUGCCGCGCGGGACGACGCGCGGUUGA